AUGAUUUGCUUGCAGUUCCUAUCUCUUCUUACCUAUGGACUCACAGUGCUUCAGGGGGUGAAUGGGUGGACAUACCAUUAUUCAGACACGAACAUGACCUACAGGGAAGCAGAGCUGUGGUGCAGAAAGAAGUAUACCAACCUGGUUGCCAUCCAGAACAAGGAGGAAAUCAAUCAUCUCAAUACCUUCUUACCCUUCAAUCCGGGUUACUACUGGAUUGGAAUCAGAAAAAUUAAUGGUGUGUGGACCUGGACUGGAACCAACAAAGAACUGACAGAAGAAGCAAGAAACUGGGCUUCAGGGGAGCCAAAUGGCAAAGGGAACAAUGAGGACUGCGUGGAGAUCUACAUCAAAAGAGGGAAGGAUGAUGGCAAAUGGAAUGAUGAGCAGUGUGAGAAGAAGAAGGUUGCCUUGUGCUACACAGCUUCUUGCAACCCUUCUCUCUGCAGUGGCCAUGGAGAAUGCAUAGAGACCAUCAACAACCACACCUGCCAUUGCAACCCUGGCUUCUAUGGGCCUGAAUGCGAGUUUGUUGAGAGUUGUGACCCACUAGAGAAACCUGACCAUGGGAGCCUUGAGUGCCGCCAUCCAUUGGGGGAUUUCAGUUACAACUCGUCCUGCACAGUUCAGUGUGAGGAGGGCUAUAAGCUGACUGCACUGGAGUCUGUGCACUGUACCUCUGCUGGGCUCUGGUCUGCCCCCCUUGCAGCAUGCAAAGCUGUGACCUGUCCUGCCCUGGAAGUGCCUGCCCACGGGGCUGUGAGCUGCUCCCACCCCUCAGGGCAGCUCACCUGGGGAACCACCUGUGAGUUCAGCUGUGAGGAAGGAUUUACCCUGACAGGAGCAGCUACCCUGCAGUGUGGCUCUGCAGGGGCCUGGGACAGGCAGCAGCCACAGUGUGCAGCUGUGACCUGUCCUGCCCUGGAAGUGCCUGCCCACGGGGCUGUGAGCUGCUCCCACCCCUCAGGGCAGCUCACCUGGGGAACCACCUGUGAGUUCAGCUGUGAGGAAGGAUUUACCCUGACAGGAGCAGCUACCCUGCAGUGUGGCUCUGCAGGGGCCUGGGACAGGCAGCAGCCACAGUGUGCAGGUAAUUUCCUAAUUCCCUUCUCCCUGCUCAAAUGCAAAGGUGAGGCUUGCUGGGUUGGAAAUCAUUGAUUAAAGUUGGAAGAAUCUGGAGAGACUUUCUCAGUCAGAUGUAAUCCAAGAGUGGCAUUGAUCCCCAGCACUUUUCACAAGCAGAUCCCAAGAUGGGAUCAUUUAUCCUCGUGAGGAAACAGCAGUGCAGGGUGACAAACAGGAGGAAUAACCAAAUGUUUUUGUGUUUCAGUCAUACAGUGUGAAGCACUGAGCUCUCCUGAGAAAGGCUCCAUGGAUUGCUCCCACGGGGCCGGGAUGUUCACCUACAACACCUCCUGCCACUUCAGCUGCCUGGAAGGAUGGAGUCUCAAUGGCUCUCGUGUUCUGGAGUGCAGCCCCUCAGGAAACUGGAGUGCCAGCCUGCCCACAUGUGAAGCCUCUGACCAAGCCAGCUACAUCUCUGUGGGCAUAGCAGCCACCUCUGCCUCUCUGCUGUCCACAGCAUCAUUCCUCCUUUGGCUCGCAAGGCGCUUCCGGAGAAAAGCAAAGAAGUUUAUUCCUUUCAGGGACUGGCAGGAAACAGCCAGUGAAGGUAGCUUCCAAAGUGCUGGGGAGAAUGUCUAA